AUGGCUGGUCAUCGAGCAUCUCAGGAUCUGCACUCUCUACCCCCUUGUGACGACUCUCCUUGGCCUUCAGGCGUUCAACUUCUUGGAAGAUUUCAUAAUCAUACCUCUACGGCUUCUCUUGACACUAUUAAUACACUCCUACCUCAGUAUUCGGUGUUAGACCAGGAGGCCGACACUGUUGCCCUCUGGGGCGACGAUCUUGGCGCGCACGGGGAACUCACUCAUUCGCAAGCUGACGAUAGCGAUACUAGGACCUUAGCUGGGGGUGUUUCCCAUUCAGAGAAUAGCAAUCGUAGGGUUUCGGUUGCAUCAGUACCCCCUCGAUAUUCAUUCGUUCCUCCUCGAUAUUCUCACCUGUUCGACGUUCUGUCCCAGCAAGUCACAGAAGAAGGGGUUUCGCGCACCGAACACACAUACAGCAUCUGCAGUGGGUUGAAGAACAAGCCAUGGGCUACGUUACGUGUAUUCAGCCAACCUCCGCUCGAUGCUUCACCAAGACACCAGAAGUUUCCCCCCUUCUCAAGUGGCGAUAUGAUUGCGGGCUUGAUUGAGUUCACGCUGGAUAGCCCUCAGACUGUCAACUCUAUCACUGUCUCUGUCCAUGGGUGCAUCAUAAGAGGUUACCUUGCCGAAGAAUCCGACACAUUUCUUGACCACCAAGUCGGCAUCUGGACACGCGCCGAUGGGGAUCCCCGUUCCCCAGAACCAGGGUCCAACAAAAAGUUCAAUGGAAGACUUAAGGGGACGUACCAGUUCCCCUUUGUAUUCCCCUUCCCCACCCAUGUAGAUAUAUCGACUUCUACUCCGUUCCUCCCACCGUCAUUGCAAACUUCUUUGGACUCUAUCUCUACAUCCAGUUCGAGUCCUGCGACAGCAACAACAUCGAUUUCGUUUCCACCUGCCACUGUGCCACCUGGUUCACACUUCCAUUCACUCAGUAUACCCGUGAAUGCCACUUAUUCUUCAGGUUCGAAGAACCCCUCAUCUGUGCACUUGAGUACGAACGCCCCAGAAGAGUCAGAGAAGGCGAGACUGAAACGAGCAGUAGAGGAGCAAGACCGAGCAGCAGAGGAGCAGGACCGAGCUCUGGCACAACUUGAAGGCCGCAGUCACACCCUUCCAAUGCAUGUAUUUCCUGUUCCUCAAACUUUCUUGGAGCGUGGCAUCCAUGCGAACGUGCAAUACGAGCUUGGCUUACAUGUUGCGCACGGGAUGCUGCGCCCGGCUAGCAAAUUGAAUACAACAAUCGUUUAUACACCUUCUGUCACCCCUCCCCCAGCUUCGGUCGCUCGCCAGCGAGCAUAUACUGAACAUGCCCCGCUGCCUGGACCAGCACAAGAUCCGGACGGAUGGCAAACUCUCCCGAAAGUUACGGUUUCUGGGGAGCUUCUAGGCCAGCAAAAAGUAGAAGUGGAAUGUACUCUCUCACUUGCCAAACCCCUUUGUUAUACCCAUGGCACCAUCAUUCCGUGCUACUUGACCCUCGAAAGCUCAAAUUCCCAUGCUCUCAGCAUUCUCUUAACACCCAAGUCUCCCAUUGUCUGGCUCACACGGCGGGUCCGCUAUGCCCAAUAUUCGUCACCAGCCACUGAGAAUUUCUCAAACGAACCACCGACUUCCAGUGACUCCCUUGCUGCUGGGUUCUCAAACUCACUGUCCAGAGUCAAAGAAUUCAAUAUCGGUGGUGGUAAACAUGGGGACGUGAAGGAGGUAGACAAAAUUGAGUUGGCGGUAUGGUGGGCCCCACCUAAGGAUGCUCCACAGGAUAUGUAUCUGAAGACUUUGGAGGGUGAGAUACAUCUCGCCAAGGACUUACAGCCUACGUGCAGGUUUCCUUCAUUUAGUGUCGAGUAUGCUGUCGAAAUGCUUCCACUAGUUUCGUCCGUCUUUGUGCCAGCUUGUUCCAAGGACGAACAGUGUCUUCUUGUCCAGCCCGUGGAGAUUGCUACACGUUAUGUGGAGGAAGGCCCUGUGCCACGUGCAUUCACCAAACCUAUGUCUGACCGAGAACAAGAGAAAAGGAAGAAGGAAAAAAAGGAGCAGUCGAUUUGUAAUGAUAUAAGAGAUAGUGUCUACUCCGAGCUUUUGUUCACUGACAGUGAUAAGCGGUGUGAGAUGGAAGAUGAUGAAAAGCCGAUCUGUGGCGUUGUCCAGCCUAUGAGCGAUGUCCAUGAGAAUUUGUCAGGUGGGAAAACGAAAGCCGAUCGGUUUUCUACGAUCCGGAACACCGAAGGAACCCAGCCUGCCAACCAGCUGCAAAACGAACAAGCCUACCAGAGGGCCACCACCGCUAUAACCUGA